AUGGCCGUCCUCGCGCUGCCGCUUGCCGCGGCGGACUGGCAGCAGCGCGCGGGAUGGUGGCUGCUGCACGCGGAGGCGCGCCUCGACGCGUUCCUUGAGAACACGGACACCGCCACCCUCGACGCCCUGCUCGCCGUGCUCCCCACCGCCUCGCUUCCGCCCAUCAGCGGCGGUGGGCGCAACGGCGGCGGCAUCGCUGGCGGAGGCAGCGCGGGGGGCGCACGGAACGGGCAGGGCGGGAGGCGCAUGAGGCUGGGGAUGGGGCGAGAACUGCUGAUGUGUGCAUUCGGCCGCGCUGCUAGGCAGGAGGGACAGAAGCAGGGGGGGCAGCAGCAGCAGCAGGGGGGAGCGCAGCAGCCGCCUACAGGUGGAUUUCCAGGUGGCGAUGGCGGAGUGAACAGCACGGUGAGCGGGUAUGCUGUGCUGGCAGGCAGCAGCGCAGCAGGUGUGACGUGGGGUGGGCAGCUCAUGGGGGCCAAGAUGCCCUCCGCUGCUGUUUAA